AGCAGACGGAUCAUCAUAUAGUGCCCGUCGGACGCAGGCUUCUGGUAGCGAUAUCAUGAUGACUUUGCGGUUGCGCUUGUAUACAAAAUAUAAAGUCAACUGGAAAUCACAGCAGCAAGAUCAGGAGCCCGCGAGGAGGAGGAGUCGACGGAAUUCUAAUUUUCUCCGUUCGUCCGUCCGUGCAUUUUCUUGAUACUCUUCAACAUUCUUUCCCUAGUUCUUAAAAAAAAAAAAACGAUGAUUUCCUGUGUCGCGAGAAGAGCCAUCGUGUGUCUUUCCAAGGCUAACCCACGGAGUUGGAAGUCAGCGUCCACCAUGCUCGUGUGUCCAGCAAGAGCGUUUUCUUGGGGCCCUCAAGGCCAUUCUGUCACACUGCUGACCAGCUCUUGCUUACGGUCUCACAGACAGACGCACGGUGUCACGCAGCCAGCAGCCAGCAGGCUGCUGAGGCUCCGGGGUAUCCACUGCUCUGUACCGCAGCCCCAGCAGAAGCGCCGGAAAACCGAGAAGCCCGAGCCGCAAGAACUGGACCUGGUGCGCUAUGACAUGAAGGAACUGACAAAGGGGCCCAAACCAGCAUUAUACCUGGGAUUUUCUGGCCUCAUACCUUUUGUUUCUGCCCCUCUCAUCAUGGCAGUAACGGAACUCUACUUACCUGAUAUAGCUUAUGCCCAGGUUGUUUAUGGGGCAUCUAUAGUGUCAUUUUUGGGUGGCGCUCGCUGGGGUUUUGCACUUCCAGAGGGCAGCCCUGCUAAGCCUGAUUGGAUGAAUCUGGCCAACAGUGUGGUGCCCCCCCUGCUGGCCUGGGUGGCACUCCUAUUCAGGGAUAACAUCACAGAGGCAGCUAUGAUGGUGAUUAUAGGCCUGGGUAUCUCCCUCCACUAUGACUUAUCCCUCUUGCCCACGUAUCCUAGCUGGUUCAAAGCCUUGAGGACUGUUCUCACAGUUGUGGCCACUUUCUCCCUUGUGGCUACUCUUUGCUUAAAAGGAAUGUACCCAGAGAAGAGGCUGAAGUUAGAUGACUAACCUACUGGACUUGAGACAGACAUUCUUUAUCUGAAUCAACAAAACCUUGACAAAUCCUGUAGAAUUUAAAGCCAUGGCAUAGGGUGAUUUACAUGUUUUGAAGUCUGAGAAAUCAGUAAAUAGUAAUGCAAAAUGCAGAGCACUGUCAUUGCAUUGUAAAUAGGAGUUUGUUGUAAAAAUAAAAGUCAGUACCUCCUG